AUGAAGGAAAUGUACAGUGCAACCCAGCUGGAUGAGGUAGGAUUGAAGUUUAAGAUGAGCAAACCAAGCUCUAAUCUCUCACCUCUUGAACUAAAAUAUGCGAACGGAGUGCUGGAAAUCCCACGCUUUCAGUUAGACGAUACCACGGAGAUUUAUGCUCGAAACCUCGUUGCCUUGGAGAAAUGUCACUAUCCUAUAGAUGAGGCAUAUAUUACUUAUUACUAUACCUUGUUAAGUUUCCUUAUCAAAACAGGCAAAGAUUUGGAUGUACUUGUACGAGAGCAGAUCAUCGAUAAUUGGCUGGAAGGCGUCGUGGCAACUUCAAUGAUCAACAAGCUGCCCGGUGAAAAACGUUUCAAUAUCCAUAUGAACUCUCAUUAUCACGAGAUGGCUGUAGAGUUGAACAAAUUCUAUAAUAAACCCCCAAAGCUCAUCCCCUUGAUACGGUUUUAUUUCGCACGCGUUUUAUUUCGCACGCGUUUGGCCAGUACUAUUACCAUAUCCGGUUCUGUUGGGUUGUUUCUCACUGCAGUUGGAUCUGCAUGCUCUGUCCUAUCGCUCAAGUACAAGUAG